AUGCUCCCCUCGCGCUACACCUACCCGGAAGAAGCGCACCACUUCCGCUCCGACCCGCGCUCGGUCGGCGCGACCGUCCUCCUCUCGUUCGACGAGGCGCUCGUCGACGACCCGCGAGCCGGGACGCGCCCUUACUUCCAGGGGAGCCCGCCGCCGAUCGCGUGGUACCGCGACCGAGGGAGCGUCGACUUGACGAAUGGGACGGGCGCCGCGGCAGACGACGCGCCGCCGAGGAUGACGGGCAGGACUUGGUUCAGCUCGCUCGGGCACACGACGGCGUUUUGGGAGGACGACCUCAACUUGCAGCACGUCGAGGCCGGGCUGCGCUGGGCGCUCGAAGGUAUCGACGACGACUCGACUGCCUCCCCAUCCUCGAGUGCGACCUCGUCCACCGGCGCCUCCUCGACCGGCGCAUCCUCGUCCUCUCCAGCAUCCUCAGCAGCACCUUCCACCGCCUCGCCGUCCUCGACCUCGAGCGCUACCCGCAUGCACUCGCCCGCUCGCGACGCACCGACCCUCGCGCUCUCUGUCCUCGUCGCCGCGGUCGGGUCCCUGUACUUGUCCCGCCUCGCAUAG